GCUUGAACUGAGCAGCAGGGGUCCUUCAUGCUAACGGCUAGCGCGUUAGCUCCCGGAAUGGUGCGCAGUGAGGGAGAUGGAGCGGCUAAGUGACCGGAGCACGGCAGGGAUGACCUGAAGCCGUCUCGUCUGUCUCCUUCCGCCUGUCCCUGCAUCCUCCCGGUCCAUCAGCGCCGAGCGCCCCCCGGUGGCGGCAGGAUGUACUGCCUGCAGUGGCUGCUGCCGGUGCUGCUGAUCCCCAAGCCGCUGAACCCGGCGCUGUGGUUCAACCACUCCAUGUUCAUGGGCUUCUACCUGCUCAGCUUCCUGCUGGAGAGGAAGCCCUGCACCAUCUGUGCCUUGGUCUUCCUCGCCGCGCUCUUCCUCAUCUGCUACAGCUGCUGGGGCAACUGCUUCCUGUACCACUGCCAGGACGCCGCGCUGCCCGCUGCCGCCCACGACCCCGCCAUCGUGGGCACCUAGGAGGAGGAUGGGGGGGGGGGGGUCCUUGACCGGGGAGCUGGAGGGGGAUGCUGCCAUGCUGUAAGGGGGGCGGACUGGACUGGACUGGACUGGGCCUCCUGGGACCUGCUGGGGGGGGGUGGGAGGGGGGUGCUGUGAAGAGGAGAUGCUGUCGGACGAGGCGCCCCGGCAGCGGUGAGACUCUCAGCAGCUCCAGUCAGACCUUGACCUCUGGUAUUUUUUGCCGGGACGCCCAGUGGCCGUCGUCAGUAUUGCGUGUCGGUUCUUUUGUUUUGUUUUUCCUCCUGAUGCGUUUACUUACUUCACUCGCCACCAAAACCUGUUUUCAAACUGCCAGAACCCUGGCGUGACCCCUGUGUGACCCCGGCGUGACCCCUGCACCGGCAGCCACGCCCCCACCCCAACAGGCUCCGCCCACCACACUGGACAAUCAGUAACUCUGCUGUGAAGGAUUCCCGGAGGGUCUGCCUGCUUUCACCACCCCAGCCAGUGACCUUUGACCUGACCCGGGUCUGCCCCGCUCUCAUCGCCCCAGCCAGUGACCUUUGACCUGGUCCUCCCUCUGCAUGGGCCGCUGUGAUCGUCCCAACGUCGACUUUUAAAAUGAAAUGCUGAAGUUUCCAAAGGGUAGAGGUGUGUGUGUGUGUGUGUGUGUGUGUGUGUGUGUGUGUGUGUGUGUGUGUGUGUGUGUGUGUGUGUGUGUGUGUGUGUGUGUGUGUGUGUGUGUGUGUGUGUGUGUGUGUGUGUGUGUGUGUGUGUGUGUGUGUGUGUGUGUGUGUGUGUGUGUGUGAGAGAGUGAGAGAGUGAGAGAGUGAGUGUGUGAGAUCAGUACAUGCUGAUAAAUGUAUCAAAGCGGUCUCCAGCAGGAGAAGGUUCUAGAAGGUUCCGGCUGUCUCCUUGUUUCUCACUGCUGUAAAUGUUGAGCUGGCAAGGCGGAGGCUUUCUCCUCCACCUGUGUGUGUGUGUGUGUGCGCGCGCGUGUGUGUGUGUAAUCGCUUUGGUUUUAAUUUAAAUAAAGUUUUUUCCUCAACAUC